CCCGGUCUCAUAACAAAAAUAUGCGUGAUGAAAAAAUUUUUCAUAGAUUACAUAAAAGUGAUCGGAAUUGAGACAAUAAUUCUCAGUUUAAGUGCAGUUCGAAGGUGUGCUAGAAAUGUGUUUGUUGGAUUAUGAAAGUGUUGAUUGCUUUGAUUGUGUUAAAUGAUUUUUUGAACUGUGAUUUGAAUAUUUUUAGUGAAAACGCACGUGCACGUGAAUUAAAAGUACAAAGAAAAACAAAACUGUAUUAUAGAUUUUAGCAGUAUUAAAAUUGAUCUGGACAUUUUGUAAAAAUCUAUUUCAAACAUAAACAAUUUAUAGUCAUUACGAAAAUUUCACUCCGGAAUAUUUCCCGAAUGUCGUGUAAGGAUCAAGCGUGACUCACGUCCACGUCCAACGGCAAUAAAACCAAAGAGCAAAACGAAACAAUAAAAUCCAUACUAUUCUGAGACCGUGGACUGAAAAGCGAGCAAUUCGACGGACAUAAACAAAAUGGCUUCGACCCGGCACGCGACACCAUUUAUGCACCACAGUAUGUUUAUUUUUGUUGCUGUCUCUUUCAUACUGCCGAUGGUGAACGAAGGCGAUGCAAAGGUAUACGACAACACGAGAAACUUCGCGAAUGAGGAGAAGAGGUUGACAAGAGAAUAUCACCUGCGGCAAGGAGCACUGCGUGGACUGAUAGUGAAACCGGGCCGGCAGUACGAUCUGCAGCAAGUGGAAAUGUUCUUAGGUAUACCCUAUGCCGCUGCUCCGGUUGGAUCCUUAAGGUUCAUGCCUCCAGUAAGUGCGCCGCCCUGGUCAGGUGUAAAAAUGGCCACUCGUUUCGCGCCAGUAUGUCCUCAAUCAUUGCCAGUGAUAAAAAAAGGAGAUCCUCCGUCACUAGGAAGACAGAACUACAUGAACAAAUUGAAGCAAUUCCUGAAAGAGGAAUCAGAAGACUGUUUGUAUUUGAAUAUUUAUGUUCCGUAUAGAGAACAAAAAUCAAAGAAAUUUCCUGUGCUGGUGUUCAUACACGGCGACUCAUUUGAAUGGAGUUCGGGGAACCCAUACGACGGCAGAAUAUUGGCCGCAUACGGCAAUAUAAUGGUUAUAACUGUCAACUAUCGUCUUGGAAUACUAGGCUUUGUAAAGCCAAGUCUGACAGAGCACGAGUACGGCAACAACGGCUUGCUGGACCAGCUGGCGGCGCUCAAGUGGAUCAAGGAUAAUAUUGAGGACCUGAGCGGUGACCCUGAAUCCGUCACGCUGAUGGGGCACGGCACCGGCGCCGCCUGCGUCAACUUCCUUAUGUUAUCGCCCAUCUCUAACGCAUUGUUCCACCGAGCUAUACUGAUGUCGGGGUCAGCGCUGUCCGACUGGGCGAUGACGCGCGACCCCGCGCAGUACACGCUGCAGGUCGCGCAGGGUCUCGGCUGCAACCCCUCCUCCAAGCACAUGAUGAACUGCUUGCAGAACAAACCUUUGUCGGAUAUAAAGAAAGUCCAAAUCCUGGCUCGAGAAUUCGAAACGCCUCUCGGUCCGACCGUCGCCGGAUAUUUCGUGCCCAAUGAGCCGGAGAAAACAAUGGAAUCAUUUCCCAAUUUACUAAGCAAAUAUCAGUUACUAAGUGGUGUAACGGAAUUAGAGAGCUACCAUGACUUUGGAGUCAUAGAAUUAGACUCUGGAAUUUUAGAAAAUCAAAGAGAUGAUUUUAUAAAGAAAUACAUGAAAGUUACUUUCGAAGGCGCUGAAGAAGAUGCAGUUAAAGAUAUACUGAAACAAUAUUCCAGGUCAAAAGCGGACCCGCAACGCUGGAAUGUGGACAGGAACCGUGACGUCAUACUGGACUUGUUCAGCGACGCGAGAACUUUAGCUCCUAUGAUCAGUUUUGCGAAUUACCAAUCCAAAGCUAAUCGACAAUCCUACUUCUUUGUGUUUGGACACAAUUCAAUAAGUACUGAAUACGCAGCGCUAAACAAGAGCGUUCACGGAGAAGAAAUGCCGUACGUCCUGGGAAUCCCGCUCGGAGGAGCCAACUCACAUUUCCACACUGAGUACACUCCGCAGGAGAAGUUGCUUAGCGAGGUUGUUAUGAGAUUGUGGACCAACUUUGUUAAAAACGGAUCACCAAACACACAGAGCGUUAAUGAAUAUUAUUCUCUGGAUCGAAAGCAAUGGUUGCAUUAUAACGUUGAAUGGCCGGAGUACACGGAAGCACAGCAGCCGUAUUUAAAACUAGACAUUCCACCUUCAAUAAGCAGUUCGUACAGAAAAAACUUCACCAAAUUUUGGCUAGAAACGUUACCCAACAAAGCAAGAAGAUACGUCAUCGACCCGUUGUUUGAGUACACACCGAAACCUACUACAGCGAAACCUAAAACUACCCAUAGGAUUAUAGAUCCAAUAAGAAAAAUAUGGUCACCACAAAUAAGUAAUCCGCCGUACUAUUCCACUUCUUAUGGUAAAAUACGGCCGUUUUCUCAGCCGGAACACAGACCAGAUACGAAUAUGAUAUAUCGAGAAAUACAGUCAAUAAAAACGCCAUCCAGGCCCAUUCCACCCGGUCUAAUGGAAAAAGUCACUCACAAUACUUAUUCGACGACCGCUAAGCCGACAUUAAACAACAUGCCCGUAAAAACUUCCAGCGCGACCGUAACUCUUAUUGUUACAUUGGGAAUUCUUUUCUUAGCUGUUAAUGUCGGAAUAUGUGCCGUGUUGUAUUUCAAAAAGCGAAGAAUUAGAUUGCGUGAAAGGACAUAUGAAACAACUCGACAUUCUCGAGCUGAUAUUGGUGAAGUCGAUGUUAUCGGACAAAAGUGUUCCAAAGACGACAAAAGUGCACUUCAAACGCUUAAAAACAGUUGUAGCGUUAUCAAGACUAUUGGUCUUAAUAAAAUGAGAGGCAGCACAAACAGUAAGAAAAAUAAAAAGAAACCAGAACCUUGUAAAACUCCGAAAUCCGAUGAUUCUGGAGGUUUCCGUGAAAGAUUUCAAUUAAGAAGACAUUUGUCUACUAGUACUUUGGACGCGAAUACUAAAGUUAGAGAUUGGAUAACCAACGAAGUUAUGCAUAGAUGUUCUCCGAAUAUUCUAAGAAAAUCUGAGGAAUUUGAUACUGGUAAAAGCAUAAAUGUUAGAAUACCAUUCACAAGAUCUGAAGAAUUACUAUCAGAUGGCAAAAAGAACAAUAAAGAUAGUUUAAAUAUAGGUGACAAUGUCCCAACGAAGAAUUUGUUGUCCAAAAAUUACCGUACGGAUAAAACUAAAACUUCAGAAAAAACUACGUCUACGUCUGCGUUAGGUUCACACUCGUCAAUAGGUAGUAAUAAACAGUCAUCUGUUAGUAAACAUACUGCAAAAUCAAAUGAUUCACUAAAAAGUAAAGGAACUGAAAGUAUCAAAUCGAAAAAAGUUUCUGUAGCAAUUGACGCUACUCCUGCCGCAAGGACAAGUUCUGUUUUAAAACAAGAACCUAUAGAAUUUUCUAAAUCACUCGAUUAUACGAUGGAUGAUACAAAACAAAAUAAACUACAAAGAUCAAAAACUGAAGGAGAUUUCAAAGAUGAAAGAAAGGAAAACGAAAAUAAGACUUUUACUAAUGUGGUUACACUAUCAUUAAAACAAGAAACGCCGCUAAAAAUAUCACAUAAACAUUCGUCGUCUGAUCCCGUUACAGAUGUAAACUACGAGUUAUUGAUGAGGGAGAAAAUGAAUUUGGGAUCUAACAUACUUGAUAUUCUACCUCCGGUUACGUUUAGAAACAACAUAAACGUUACUUCAAAAGAUGAAGUUCACUUAGAACCGUUAUCACCUGAGGAAUCGCUAAUGAUUAUAAAAAGAAGAAAUUUCCCGAAAGUCUUACCAGAUUUUCCGAAAGCACAAAAAAGACUAUCAUUACAACCUACGAAUCUGCAAACGUUUCGAAAUUAUCAAGGAAAUUCAGAAAGUGUUUUUGAAAAACCAAAAGUACCGCCGCAACCACCUCCUCGUACUACAACAUUAGAACGACGACUUGCAUAUCAAAAUUCUAAGCCCUUCUCUUCUUUUGGUAUAAAAUCAAACACAAAUUGUGAUUCAAAACCAUCACAAAAUUAUGAAAAUAUAGAAUCCCUUUCAUCAUGUUACGAUAACCUUAAAACUACGAAAAAAUCCUUCGAAAGUACUUACGGUAUAAUUGAACACGCUGACCAUAGACGGGAAUACCCAAAAGUAAUUAUAGCUUCUAGUGAUAUUCCUAGUAAUUCUGAUAACAAAAUUCUAAUACAACCUUCUCAUAGUCAAGUUGAAAUAUCCACCAAUGUACCACGAGUUAGGUUACCCGAUGAUUUCCAUUCUCACACAACUGGUUCUGUUAAAUCAUUCUCAUCGACAUAUUCAGACGAAAAUAUUGAAGACGACGAUGAAUUUCUAGAUGACCUCGCUGAAGAUAAACUUAUACAAGAAUUAGUAGGAGGAGUGGAAUCACCUACCAAUUCAGUUACAUUAGAUUCCAAAGGACCAGAAACAGUAUUCGAAAAAAGACUUGAAAUUGUACCUGUGAAAUUAAAUACAGUACAGGUGAUGCCUAAAGAAGAUUACAUUUGUGUGUCAGAUUUCUUUCUACCCGGUAUUAAUGAUACAGAGAGAACGGCACAAAUUAAACCUAAUUUUAGUUUAAACAAGCUUCAGCAACGUAGUGAAAGUAUUAAUAAGCCUAUGGAAAAAGCUAUUAAAGUGAAACAAAAAAAGACAAUCAAUCCGACUGUAAUUUUAAACAAAACUUUAAAGGGUUGUAAAAGUGACAGUGUUAAAAAUGAAACAAGUACAAAAUUAGAACAUUCAAAUUCAGGAUCUUCUAACGACACAGAGACAAGUACUGGCACUGUAAAGAAAGUUGAUUUAAAAUAACCUUUUACAAAACAAAAAUUCUGCACUGUUAAUAUUCCUCAAGUAUAUAAAAUGUUAUCUGUACUUUUUUUUUCAUAAGCGCUUGA